AUGAUGGAACACAGAUCUCAAAGCUUUGCCGAGGAUCAAAUUGGGACGAGAUCAGCUUCACUUGCAGGAAGCCGGGCAAAACUGUCUCAUAGAAGUGGGUCUUCGAUGAGCUUAGUCAAGGGUCGCCAGGUCAUAUGCAAAAGUGGCAACGCAUUCUCGAAAAGCAACGCGAAGCAAAAUACGACACUCAGAACUCGAAAUUUUAAUGACGACUUGUCGCUUUUACGCCCGCAGUCGUGGAAUGAACACACUGGCAAAGUGGAAAGUUACAAACGCAGUGCUACCCCGAUGGAACGGAUACGAGAGCAAAUCGAGAAAAUCGAUAACUUGGACUUGAAGCUGAAGGAUUCCUUGCUGGGUGAUACUUGGCGGGGGAUACAGGCGAUUUUCUUUUUCACUGCGAUUUGCUUGCUUACUGCCGGAUUGAAUGCAUUUCUGAUCUUUACGCGAACAUAUCUUCACUUCAGCAGCUUCGUUGCUUUCGGCGGUAUUGCCGCCCAAAUGCUUGGAAUAAUCGUGAUCUCAAUCGGCAAUCUCUUCUUCCUCGACCGCGCCGUCAAAAAGAAUAAGAAAGGAUUUAUUAUUCUUUGGGCGACUGUUUGUCAUGUUGGAGCGUACUUAUGUCUACCGCUUAUUGGUUACUACGGGUGGGAAACUCUCAAACAUCCUGUUUAUCGACUUCAAGCAGUUUCGAUCUUUUCCUUCUCCUGUUACAUCAUUCAAUUUCUAGUAAUGUUCACGAUGUCGUAUCUGCUUUUCAACCUCCAGUACGUCCUCAGACGAGAAGAGUACAUCGCCAAUUCUUUUAACGAAAUGGACGAUUCGAUCAUCGUAAAAGCUAUUCAGUAUUUUGCUGAUUGGCAAAAAUUCACGGAACAAUUAUCUGGCGGGGCAUCAGCAGCAGCAGUUCAACAAAAGACGAAAAAGAAUAGCAAAUGA